GUAUAAGAGAAUAAAUGUACUGCCCUUUCCCUAAUAAAGAAAUAAAGUCCGAAAUGUCACUUAAUCAAGCUUUAAAUUUCAAAUAUCAAUGAUGUAUAGUGCUAUCAUUGUCAUUUACCGAGUUUUCAAGUGAAUCUGUAACCAGACACACUAAUUGUUUUGGGCUACCUGUGCUGUAGUGAAUGGAAUUUGGUCUCCAUGGCAAUCUUGGAGCAAUUGCAGUGUAUCAUGUGGCGAGGGAACUAGGCUGCGAAUGCGAAGCUGCACCAGUCCACCUCCUCUAUGGGGAGGCAAUUACUGCAACAAUACCAACAUCUCUGUUGCGGUCUGUGCGGAAAUGACGUGCCAAGGAAUCAAGUCAUUCAUGACAAAAGAAGCGAUUGGUGUUUCUUCUGGAUGUACCCUUCUACUGUUAAUAGCAAUUAUAGCAGCUGUUUUGAUUUUAAGAAGGCGCAAAAUGCUACAGAAAUCUAUGAUGGAUAUAUCUGACCAAUGGGAAAUCAAAGGAGAACAAAUCGAGUUGCUAGAGGUACUCGGACAAGGAGAGUUUGGAAUGGUUUAUAAAGGAAUAUUUACUCCAAUUUCAAAUAAAAAGCAUUUGAAGAAACGAGGAAAGAGCGUUCUAAGGAAAACUUUUCGAAGAAAAGUUGGAGAUAAACCUAAGAAGAUUGUGGCAGUCAAGCUUUUACAUGAGUCAGCCAAUGAGGAUCAAAGGAAGGAGUUUAUGGAUGAAAUCAAAUUAAUGAAGGAAAUAGGAGUCCAUAUUAACAUCGUCAACAUGCUUGGAUGUCGUACAAUCAGUGAGCCACUGUACCUUGUGGUAGAGCUGGUACCUUAUGGAGAUCUUCUUAAUUUCUUGAGGAACAGACGCGAACAGCUUUUGAAGCUUUUGAAGGAAUGUAAGACGUCGAUAUACAGCGCGUACUACGAUAACAUGGACGGAAGAAAAUACAGAAGAAUGAGCGAUGAGAUUGACAGUAGAAAUGAUCGGCAGAGUUGUACUAUUGUAAGCUAUCGUCGCGGAGGAAGUGACGAUGAAGAUCAUGUUCAUAUAGAAACGAGUAAUGACGCAGUGGUUGAUGGGAACUCUCUACACCCUACUGACCUGCUUGCAUUUAGCUGGCAAAUCGCAAAGGGCAUGGAAUAUUUAUCGAUGAAAAAAAUUGUUCAUAGAGACUUGGCAGCACGAAAUAUAUUGGUUGGAGAAAAAAAGAUUGUCAAAGUAGCAGAUUUUGGCCUUUCACGUAAUGUUUACGACAAUUCUAUUUACUGCACACAAAGGCGAAGAAAGUUGCCUAUCAAGUGGAUGGCACCAGAAUCGCUGUACGACCAAGUCUUCACAACCAGCAGUGAUGUAUGGUCGUAUGGAGUUGUGUUAUGGGAAAUCGCAACGUUAGGAGCCAACCCGUAUCCAACAAUUAGUAAUCACAGAAUUCUGAAAAUGCUGAAAAAUGGACACAGAUUGAGUCGACCAGAUUUCUGUACAGAUGAAAUGUAUGACAUGAUGAACAGCUGCUGGCAGGAUAAACCAGAAAUGCGUCCUUCAUUUUACAAGAUUCGCUCCUCUCUUGAGCAAAUAAUGUUGGAGGAAAGUCCAUAUUUAGAACUGUGUGAUGAGAUGCAAGCCCAGUCUUAUCAGUUUCCGAGCGUAGACAUGGAUGAGAGCGACGAGGAGUUUGAUAUUGGUGAUAUACAUGUUACAGUAGGCGCUGCUACUUCGUCUAACUGUUUAACGACUUCAUUAUAGUUUCAGUGAAAUAUGAUGAAAAUCUUGCGGAAUCUUGAUGAUAAAGUCUGCAUGUGCGCACAAGAUCACAGGAAUGCAAACAGCAACAUUAAUAUAAGGAGAUCAUAGACUUGCAAUAAAAGUCAUUCUUUUUCGGAAAGAAACGACAUCAAAAGCCAUAGUCAAAAACAAAUAUUCCUAUGAAUCAAGCUGGUUGUAAUUUUACAAUUGGUUUCGAUAAAAAAUAUUAGCAAGCGACUUGCACAUUUGGUAGAUAUCAAGGGCAAAACCACGAUAAAACUAGACAAAAAGAUUAAUAUGACGUCAUUUGUUAUGUCCUGAUGUGACGUCAUAGCAUGACUCUUCAAGAUUUGCUCCUGUUUUAUAUUUUUAAACGGAGUACAGUUGAUCUCAAUUAAUGGUUAUCACAAAAAAGCUAAACAUUGUCAUUAUUUAAUUAGAACAUUUAUUUCUUUAAUUCUGUACUUGUCAUGUGCCUCAGCCCAAGUCAUGAUAACUUAGCAAGAAUGACGUGACAUAAACUAUAAACCCUGCCUCGCACUUGUCAUUACGGGUCAUUACCACCGAGGUCCAGAUGGUUGCGAACUCCCUCUUAAACUGUUUUCAUGGAGCGAAGUUAUCCCUCUUUCAUGAUGACUUAGCAAAAAUGGCGUGACAUAACUAUAAACCUUGCCUCGUGCUUGCCAUUACCACCGAGGUCGAGAUGGUUGCACAGGAUACAGACUCCCUCUUGAACUGUUUUCUUGAACCGAACUUAUCCCUCCUUCAUGAUGACUUAGCAAGAAUGACGUGAAAUACAACAACAUAUAAACCCUGGCUCGCGCGCUUGCCUUUACUACCGAGGUCGUUCAGGUCAAGAUGAUUGCAAAGGAUACGAAGUCCCUCUUAAACUGUUUUCAUGAGCCGAAGUUAUCUCUUAUCUUUUGGAGACAUUGGAUGUUCCAGUCUCCACUGUACUACUUGAGAGUUGUCGUUGCCUUGAUUUACUCCUUUAUUCGAUCCCACUUUGUUGCGAUUCCCCGCGACCAAGACGUCAUCGAGAUAGUUGAAAACUGCUCACUUGGAAUGCUGGUAAGAAAAAAAACGGAUGGAUAUUUCGAGCUGGAUGUACCAAAAUGUAUGCUGGCUUUCCACAAUGGCGGGUCUUUGCAUUCGUUUAAACUGCAGUACACGAAGGAAAAGGGUCAAGGGAAAAUCGUCUCGUUUAUACUGAACGAUGAGCCCAUUUCUGACCAAUGUCAGAGAUAUUCCGUCGUUUCUUGCUAUGUUGUGUUUUCCCUUCACACGAAAUGCCACGUGUUUGGAAACAUGUUAACGCAUCGGAUCAUCGACGACAAAUUGACCAUGUUGAGUGCAUCGGCGUUGACCACUAUCCCACUCCACAACGCAUUGGUAUUGUCUGACAUUAGCCCUCUGACCGGAAUCACGACGCCAAAGUACUUAUUUACCGAAUACUACUUCAAACCAACAAGGGAGAGUUUUGUUGAGGAGUCCAUGAACAUGACCGUGUUCAAACGACACCCAGACCUUGAGAUGAUGCACCAAUCGCCCUCCCCCUACGUCACGUUCCUGUUCAAUGCACGAAGGGCAAUGUUCCAAGUUCUGCAGAAGUACAGCGUUCCCAGAGAUUUGUGGGAAGCCCUGUUUAACGUGAUUGUAGUGCACGCCACGGACCAUGAUGGUAUUUGGGGAAGUAUUCAGAAUUUCCGCUACAACUCUAAUCCGUGUGUAACGCAUUGUUCCUUCUUUGACAACUACGGAACGUUUUUUAGGAAUUUCAUGUUCACAGCUCCAAUUUUAAACCCCAUCUCGACAAAUAAGCUCAAAGAUUUAGACACGCCCUUUUACAAAGACCUUUAUGUAGUGCUACGCAAAGUGGAUCGGAGAAUGGCAGACCUGAUGACAGCGAGCAUCAUGUACUGAAUGACCCUCUAUUAACUGUGCCUA